UGCCUGGCCGCUCACAUGCGCAUGCAACAUCAGGGCCUCGCACUCAUGAUGGUCGCUGGGACAUGGAUGGCUGCCCUGCUGGGGGCCCUGGCUGUGUUGGCCCCAGGUUCCCAGGCACUGACGUGCCACCAGGCCAGCUCGGUGCUGUUCUACGGCCCCAGAGGCCAUGUGUUAGAUGCCACUGUGACCCCCAAGACCAACCAGAGCUGCCCCCCACACACCCCUGCCUGCCUUGCCGCCAGUGCCACGCUACGCACAGGGGCCAUGUGGGUGAUGGCGACCUUCUGGGGGUGCAGCGAGGGGGUCCCCGGGACCACACCGCCCCCCGGGGCCACGCUGCCCCCUGGGGCCACCCCCCUCCAGCGCUAUGUCCGACUGUGCUCCUCUGAUCUCUGCAACGAUGACCUUUACAAGGAACCCGUGCCUCUCGAUGACCCCAUUUUUCUUGGGCCCAAUGAAGGCCCAGCUCCCCAUGAUGCCACCCAGUGCCUGUCGGGCCUGAGCCCCAAGCCAGAGCCGGGGGUCCUGGAGCGGGUGACCUGCCCCGGGGAGGCCCAGUGUUACCAUGGCAAUGGCACCAUCGUGGCAGGAGAGUUGUCGGUGCCCCUGUUCGUGUGGAGCUGCCAGCCCCAGCCCUGCGCCACGGCCCCCAUCCGCCGCCGCGUCGGCCCCCUGCUCUUUACCCAGGAGGGCGCCUGCUGCAGCGGCAGCUUCUGCACGGGGACCGCGGCGGCCCAGCAGAGCCACGUCACCAAGGAAGCCAUGGGCUCUGAGGGCACCCCCGCCUCAGUCAGCGCCAGCCUAGCCCCCAAAGGGGGGAACAGGACCACGGGCUGGGUCACCAUGGCAACCCCAGUCCCCCGAGAAGGAGACAGGAAAGGGAACCCCGGCCGGGUCACCACGGCAACCCCAGGCCCCAGCAACGCCAAGGACCUCUUCAUGAAGCCCAAGGACGUGGGGCCCACCCGUAAGGGGGUUCCCCAAACCAGCACCUUCAACUUCCGCUCCACCAGGCCUGCCCGACACCCUGGGGACCUCGGGAAGCAGCAGGGGAUCCCCACCAAGGGGCCCCACGCUGCU